AUGGAGAAGUGUGAUAAGUUUAAAGAAGCUAAAGCGAUUUUACCUGUACCGGGCACAGAAAAGUCAAUUUUGCAAUUUAAAAAUACAAGACGUGAAGAGCGUGUUCCUGUUAUCGUUUACGCAGACAUGGAGUCAGUUUUAAAACGGGUAAACGACAAGUUGAGUGUAAUGACUAAAGUUAGUCAAAUACAUGAACCCUUUAGUUAUUGUAUUUAUGUUGUGGCUGACGAAAAUAUCCUACCAGCCAAUAUUCGGUCUUUGCUGCCACAAAAACCUGUGUUAUAUCGUGGGCCAAACGUUUCAAAACAUUUUGUAUCAACAUUGGUGGAACUGUGUAAAAAGGUUAGUGAAAUUAUGCAAAUUAACAUCGAUAUGUAUGACUUAACCCUCGAGGAACAGGAACGUUUUAAAAAUGCUACUGCUUGCGAAUCUUGUGCCAAACCGUUUGUCGAGCAUGAACAAAAAAACGACAGCAGAUUUUGUACAAAAGUCAAAGACCAUUGUCAUUGGACUGGUAAGUUUCGUGCUGUUCUUUGCAACACAUGUAAUUUACAACGACGGUAUCCAGCCUUUCUUCCGAUCGUUAUUCACGGGUUGAGUAACUAUGACGGACAUAUGAUUAUUCCCGAACUAGCAUUCGAUGAUAAAGAUAUAACAGUCAUAGCUCAGUCAGAAGAACGUUACAUAUCGUUUAGUAAAACUAUAUCUAGUUAUUUUCAAUUACGGUUUAUAGAUUCGUACAAAUUUUUGCAAGAGAGUUUGGCGAAACUUACAUCAAUAUUGCAACUCGAAGAUUUUAUCGAGACGAAAAAGGUUUUUGAUUCAUUGGAACUGGUUACGAGAAAAUCCGUGUUCCCGUAUGAGUAUGUAGACAGUGUUGAAAAACUAGAUGAAUGUCAAUUGCCAGACCGUGACAGUUUUUACAGUUCUUUGACAAUGUCCACGAUUUCCAAAGAAGACUACGAUCACGCAAAAAAAAUGUGGAAUUACUUUGAGUGUAAAACAUUGGGAGAAUAUAGUGAUAAAUACUUAAUGGUUGAUGUAAUGAUACUAGCAGAUUUAUUUCAAAAAUUCCGUUCGCAGUGUAUGAUAAAUUACAAACUCGAUCCUGCUCAUUAUUACACGUGUCCCGGCCUUACGUUUGACGCAAUGUUAAAGUAUACUGGUGUUAAACUUGAACUUAUCACGGACAAUGAUAUUUUGUUAAUGUUUCAAUCAGCUAUUCGUGGUGGUCUUUGUCAGGUAGUUCAACGUUAUAGUAAAGCCAAUCACCCUGCAUUAAAUGACUACGAUUCGAGCAAGCCUCACAAGUAUAUACAAUAUUUGGACGCCACCAAUCUUUAUGGUACAGCAAUGAUGGAACCUAUGCCGUGUGGUGAAUUUGAAUGGGUUAAAGGGAAUUUGGAAGAAAUAUUGAAUACACCACAUGACAGUGCGUACGGAUACCUUGUUGAAGUAGAUGUUGUUUAUCCAGAAUAUUUGCACGAUAUACACAAUGACCUACCCUUUUUGCCGGUAAACGAUCGUUCACCUCUGGAUGGUUCCAAAUAUAAAAAAUUAAUGGUUACACUAGAUGAUAAAAAUAAAUAUAUUGUUCACUAUCGAGCUUUGCAACAAGCUGUUAAAAAUGGUUUAGUUGUAACCAAAAUACACAGAACAGUAAAAUUCCAACAAAGUCGUUGGUUGGCAUCAUAUAUACAAUUAAACACAAAUUUACGAAAACGUGCAACAAAUAAAUUCGAACAAAGUUUGAGUAAAAAUAUGAACAACUCUUGUUAUGGUAAAACAUUGGAAGAUGUACGACAUCACCAAAAUAUUUAUUUAGUGAGUUGUGCGAAAAAGCUUGCUCGUCUGGUAGCCAAACCAUCGUUUAAAAGCGUAACAAUUUUCACUGAUAAUCUUGUUGCUGUUCAUAUGUAUAAAGAAAAGAUACAAUUUUUCAAACCGAUAUAUAUUGGACAAGCUGUAUUGGACAUAAGCAAGUGUAUAAUGUACCAAUUUCAUUAUAAAACUAUGCUAAAAUUAUACGGUCCAGAAAAUAUUAAAUUAAUAUAUAUGGAUACUGACAGUUUUAUAUAUGAAAUUGGUACAAAUAAUUUUCAAAAUGAUGUGCAAAACCAUUUGUUACCAUACUUUGACACAUCAAAUUACGAUAAAAGUCAUCCUUGUUAUAGUAACACCAAAACGAAACAACCGGGUACAUUUACCGACGAAGCUGGCGGUAAGCAUAUAGAGGAAAUUGUUGCGUUAUCACCAAAAGUGUAUGCGUAUACUAUAAAAUCUGAUGGUGAUGAAAAAAAGAUAUGCGAGGUGAAAAGACUGAAGGGAGUGUCAAUGGGUGUCGUUGCGCGUACAAUUGAAAUAAAACACUAUUUAAAGUGNUACAAUUGA